GGUUAUAGCUGGCGCGCCCAAAUUCAUACGAGGAAGUACCGUACUAUUAUAAAAAGCCCACAGCCGAAAAUACGAACCAUCAGUCGAUUGUUUUUUAAACGAGCAACAAGAACUACCCUAACCAAAACAACAAUGUACAAAUUCUUGGUACUCGCAGCCACUUUGGCUUUCGCCGCCGCUGGCCACAUCGCUCUUUCCCCCGUGGCUUACUCCGCCCCUGUAGUGGCAGCAGUCCCCUCAGCAGGUAUCGUCCACAAGAGCGUCCAAGCCCAAACCAUCGUCGACCCUCCAGUAGUCAAAACCGCCAUUCAAUCCGCACCUGUAGUAGCUUACUCCGCCCCUGUAGUACACGCUGCACCCGUAGUAGCUCACGCUGCACCCGUAGUAGCUCACGCUGCACCCGUAGUACACGCUGCACCAGUUCUAGCUCACGCUGCUCCCGUAGUACACGCUGCACCAGUAGUAGUAUCCGGCCCAUCAGUACACAAGACUGUCCAAGCUACCAACAUUGUGCACAGAGCUCCAGAAGUACACACUGAAGUCCACGCCGCUCCCGUUGUGCUCAAGACUGUACACGCUGCUCCCCUUGUACAUGUCCAUUAAAGUCUGACGAAUGUACCUAAUUCUCGCAAGUGCCAAAAAAAACGA